UUGUAACCGAGUAAGACCGUCACCUCCCACGCGGCUAUUUCUACCCGUCAGCGAAAACUAUUCCUCCCUCUUUCCUACGGCCAAGAUUCACGUCAGGUGUAUCGCAGUAAACCCUGAAUGGCAACAGCUUGGGACUUGACUUCGGUAAAGGCUCUACUUAGAACAGCAAGUCAACGCCUCGGACAACUACAAGAUAAAAUUGAUGCAAAGGGAACUAUCACCAGGAAGGAGAUUGCUUCUUCGUUACAAAAGGGCAAUGUCACUCUUGCACGUAUGAAGGCACGCACCGUGAUGCAAGAGGAUGCAUUCGGGGACGUAUUAGAAAUGCUUGAGAUGCACGUUGCCAUUAUGCUCGAACACGUCUCCGAGAUUGGACAGAAUUGCCACAACCCAGCUGUCGUCGAAGCUGCUUCGAGCAUCAUCUUCGCUGCGCCACAUGUUGAUCUCAAAGAGCUUCAUGACAUUCGAGACCUGCUGCUACAACGGAUGGGAACGGAAUUCUCGCGGGCGGCAGUUGACAACCGUGAAGGCAAAGUCUCGAUCCGUAUCACAAAAGCGUUAUCAACUACCGCCUCUACGACCGCUCAAGCUGAUGAACUUCUUCUCAAGAUUGCGAAGUCACAUAACGUUGAUUGGUCACCAGAUCCACCGAGAGAAGAUAUUCAGAAACUACUUUUGGACAUCCUGAACCCUGAUACAUUACCCGUCGUAGACAUAGCAGCUUUACGCAAGCUUUGCGCCCGUGGUAUUCCAGAUAAACCUUCGUGGCUUCGUCCGAAGAUUUGGAAAUUAUUUUUCGGCACCCUCCCGGUGUUGAAAGCGUCGUGGCAUCGUGUAAUGAACCAACAGCGGAGUGAUUAUUAUGAACUCGUCAAACGUUUACUCGAGCCUAUCGCGAAUCUUCCGCCUCCGACGAUUCCGAUACACCCUCUCGAUUCUUCGUUGCUUCAAGCCUCCCGACAGCUUUACGAUACCCCACCAAAGUUAUUCAAUGGAUUAGGAGGCGAACAACCAGAUUUAGCCCUUCCUUGUCCACUUGAAGAUACGGCUCCGCCCAAGCUGAAGUUGCAGUGCGCCAAGAAUCUUGAUAUUCGUUUGAAAGCCAUUCUAGGCAAACGUCAGCUUAUAUCAGGCUCUGUCGCUAUACCCGAAAUCCGUCUGGAAACCGGCGACUUCAAGACCCCUCUCACCGACUGGUUUCAUGGUAAUGACAAUAUUAAUGAGAGACAUAACUCGGCGAUGCUUCGUUUACUUUAUUUGCAUUCCUUUAUCAAACCUGGAAACCGUUCUCCUCAUGUUCCGACUCUCCUUGCACCAAUUUACUCUGCCUUGAAUCAGCAAGUUGAGGUCGAAGAUUUGGCACACGUUGAAGCCGAUACCUUCUGGCUUUUUGAAGCAAUAAUAGCGGAGUUUUCAGACUUGGAAGACGAGGAAGGCAGUGGCAUCUGGAUGAAGAAGUUUAGUGAGAGACUGGCAUGGGCAGACAAUGACCUUUGGCAAAGCCUUGCCGCGAUAGGCCUCGAUCCUGCUCAACCGCACUAUUCUUAUGGUUGGCUCGGCCCGUUGUUGGCGUAUACUUUUCCAUAUGAACCCCUCAUUAUCGCAUGGGAUGCAAUUUUUUCCUGCCAGCCAAGACAGAGGCAAUCCAACGCAAGGCUCGAUAUGCUGCUCAACGUUUGUACUUCUUUGCUAAUUCGAGUAAGGGUUAGGUUAUUGACACUAGGUAAGAGUCAACAAAGAAGUCAGAUACAAUGGGGACAAGAAUUGCCUCCUUCGUCCCCAUUGAGACCAUGGGAGCUGGGGGAUGCUUUUUCUGAGGGAUUGUCUUUUCUACAAAAUUAUCGGAUCGAACCUGCGGGCGGCAUCGAUCGAGUUCUUCAACUUGCAGUUGAAUUCAAGCAACGGCGUGAGGAGGAAGCGCGAGCCUCGGAAGAUACCCUGCUCCCUCUUGGUGCCCGGUUGAGGGUAACGAUGUGGAAAGGUUUCACUAACCAACUAUCUUCUCCUGACCGUUCCCCUGUGGCAUCGGAUGAUGAAGCAGAAGUAGAAGAUGGAGAAGACGAGACUGAUAGAAAAGGAACCGGAAAUUCAUCUGUUGGCCUCACUUCGAGGCUUGCUUCUACAGUAUGGAGAGGUAUAACGAAUCAGUCUUCUAUGGAACCACCUCCAACUCCUGUAACUCCUUCAUCCUCUGCGAUUCCAAUAUCUUCCAGGACACCUUCCAGUGAUCUCCCCUCAAAUGAAAGAGGUGCACCCUCCUCUUCAGCCCCGCCUUCUAACCCUAAUCUCCUCUGGGAUUAUGCUGAAAAGCUGAAGGAAUCGGACGCUGCCGCAACGUUUGCUAAAGUGAGUAGCAACUGGAGAGCCAAAGCCUUGAUGACUACUUGGGGCAGACGGCAUGCCGACUCUAACGACAAACAGGAUGCAACUCCGAUAAAUGCUUCAGCGCCACCGAGCCCAUUACUUGACUUUAGACCUGGAGAAGCUCGCAGGGGCUCACUUCCGGAUAUUGAUCCCGACGACCCUCAUUCCCCACCUCCCCGACCAUCACAUUUCCGCCCUCCUAGGGACACAAUUAUCUUCUCCGGACCCGGACUAACCGUAGCCCCCAGCAGUCCAGAGCUUUCGCCGCAGUCUGACAGUGCCAUCCUGCAGAAAACGAAGAACCUGACCGCCUCGCUAGCAGCACUCACUCGAUCCGAGGGGCCUGAGACUUUACCGAAACCAAAGGCAGGGCCACGUCCGCUACUACUGAACUCGUCGUCCCUGAUGACUGUAGGUCGUGAUAGGCCACUGUCCCGUUCAGAGAACAGUACACCCGUUCUUGGUCAGCCUUCGGGUCAAUGGAGCCAUGUUACGACUAGAAGACGGCUUUCAAAUCGUGACUCCCUGUCUUCAAUGUCAUCUCUAUCCCCUUCCGACGCUUUUUCAGGACCCGUUAAGUCCGGUUGGGAUUCAGAUGGAUCUACUAGUCGCAAAGUUCCGUUGAACAGGACGUCAGUAUCCCCUAUGGCACCGCAUUCUAGAACCUCUUCCUUCGCCCGGCUAUCUCAAUCAUCCGGGACUUCUUCCAUUAGCACCCCAUCCAAAGCACCUUUACCUGGUGGUUGGAGUCAAGUAGAUAUCCCUGACUCUCCAUCUAUCCCCCGCACGCCCAUUGGCAGUCCCUCGUACAGAAAUAAUGUCGUAACAAUAAACGAGCCUGAAGAAUCUUCACUGGCCGGUUCUGUCGUGUCAUCGCCCACGAUUAUGCCAAUGCAGCACGAUAAAUCACUAACAAGAAUAACCAUUCCCUCAUCGCACAAACCAGAAACAACAUCCGAGUCUUCUGCACCAGAGACACCGCAUAAGAGCCCAAGAAGUCCAAGGAUACGCUCCAAGCGUCAUCCGUCACGACCUACGAAUUUACGUCUCCAAGAUCCAGGCCGACGUAGUCCGAAUCUCGCUGUGGACUGGCCUUUAGAGCAUGAUGCAGUGCUGACGCCGAAAGCCACUGAAUUUGAUGGUGAAGUAUUGUCCUCGUCUUCCAAUUCUCCGACGUCCCAGAAGUCACCUAGGCCAACACGCCAAAGAUCGGGGGAUACUAUUCGUAGCCCUUCCAGGAAACUCUCGACUGAAGGACAAGAGCCACGAUCUAGAAAAAUAUCUACCGGCUCCCGGACCAAGAGAGGCGCUGGGACGGAGAAGGCAGCUGUAAAAAGAAUCCGUGACAGCGGUGCAGAAGAGGGUGACGAUGAAGGUUACGACGAUUUACUGAGUGCUUAUGAGAGUGAGGAGUCUAAAUCCAGUGUUCGAUAGUCGGAUUUUCCUAUUCUACUGUGUUUACAAACAUACGUACCGAUACUAUCUUCGCGAUCGAGCGCCACGUGUUACUCGCGUCUCUACUUGUCGCUAUCAUCUGCGCUGCCUCGACAGUUUUCGCUAUGUACAUCACUCCGCCUUUACUCGUUCUAAUCCUUCGUUUCUCCUUCGGGCACACUAUCGAUCCCGCAAUGCAUUACUCGAAUGCUGGGCCAGGAGGCCCCCCUUCGCAAGAAGCAAGUUUACAUUCUCAGUACACGAAUCAAGAGGAUUGGCACAGACCUCUCAAAAAUCAAGCUCACAAUGACUCUGCCAGGCAGCUGCUCGAAGAUACCAGCGUACCUUGUUCUCCAACCAGCACCGAUGUUUCGUGUCAUUCUUUCUCGUUGUC